AUGCCGCGGAAAUUGUAUGAUGGCGAACUCACUGACGGCGAGAUAUGGUGGCGGGACCACCAAGUAUGGCUACAGGAGUGCGGUUACAUGCUCCGCCCCCGCUACAGACCCAACUGGGUACCUUCAUGGCACAAGGACAGGGGAAGUGAUUUCGACAUACGCGAAGACGGCCAGUCUAUACUGCUCAGUGUGAUUUUGGACGCGACCCGCAUCGCUGAUGACACGGUAGUCACUCUCAAGAAAAUUAAAACCUCACGGCACCCAUACGAGAUCGACAUUUGCCGCUAUUUCUCAUCUGAACCGCGCGCUAGCGAUCCCGCAAACCGCUGCGUACCACUCUACGAAGUCCUUGACGUCCCAGACGACCCUGACUGCAAGCUCAUUGUUAUGCCGUUUCUGCGGAAGUUUUACGAUCCGCAUUUCCUCACCGUCGGAGAAGCCGUGGAAUUCUUCCGACAAGCGUUCGAGGGACUACGUUUCUUGCACGCUCAUCACAUAGCGCACAGGGAUUGCGGGAGGAACAACAUCAUGAUGGACCCCCAUCCGCUCUAUCCGCAGCUCUACCACUUCGUGUCUACGUCGGAAAGGCGCGACAUGUCCGGGACUGCAAAACACUAUACGCGCACACGAAAACCCGUCCGCUACUACUUUAUAGACUUUGGUCUGUCUCGAAGAUAUAACCCCGCCAAAGGACCGCCGUUGUCGCGGCCUAUCUGGGGUGCCGACCGGACGGUGCCCGAGUUUCACAAGUCGCUGGAGCCUUGCGACCCGUUUCCGACGGAUGUAUAUUACCUCGGGAACGUUAUCCGGACCGUGUUCUUAGAUGUGUACACCGGCCUCGACUUCAUGGAGCCCAUAGUCAACGACAUGGUGCAGAAUGAGCCAGCCAGCAGGCCAAACAUGGACCAAGUCGUUGCUCGAUUCGAUCUUCUGCUGGGGUCUCUCAGUACGUGGAAACUGCGCGCGCGGCUUCCGCAGCGAAACGAGUUCUGGCUCGUCCGCUGGUUCAGGGUGAUCGGACACACAUUCCGCACGAUCUUCCACAUCCUCACCCUACGUCCUGCCCUUCCUCACCCCUGA